AUGGAUCCAAACUUCAGCUUGCUUUCUCAACCAUCCCGGGCCUGCUCAUACCUGGCAGAACCUUGUACCAAAGAUGGAAGAAGCCCGUCCCCCAGAGAACAGGGUAGAGACUCCCCAUUUCCCUGGAGCCAGGUCCCCAGCUCCAGCCUCGCUGACCCUGACUGGUUUUGGGAUGAGCACAUCCAGGCAAAGAGGGCCAGAGUAGAGACCAUCGUCCGAGGCAUGUGCCUCUCCCCUAACCCUCCGGUGCCAGGCAAUGCCCCAGCCAGGGACAGCCCGUGCUGCCCAGAGCGGAAGAGGAAGCAAAACGUUCCCGUGCAGCAAGGCCCCCCGAAGCCAGGCCCUGCCGGGGACCGGGGAAGCAGGAAGGGGGGCCCUCGGGUGAGAGAACAGCUUCACCUGAUGAAGCAACAGCUAAAACACCUGCAGGAGCACAUCCUGCAGGCUGCCGAGCCCAAGGCCGCAGCUCAGGGCCCGGGAGGCUCAGAGACAGGGAAGGGCCCUCUGAGUGUGAAGCAGAGGAAUGGCUCUGGGUCUAGGGCCUGGGCUGUGGACAGUGCCCACCACGGUUCCAGCGGGGACCUCUCCAGGGUGGAGAAACACAGAGUGUCUGAGGUCAAACACCAGUCUGAGGAACCCAGGUUCCUUCCUUCUGGAGCACGGGCUUUGCUGGAGAUUCUGAAGAAAGAAUUGACGGGGGCCAUAUCCCAGGCUGUGGACUCAGUAUUACAGAAGGUGCUAUUGGAUCCAUCAGGCCACCUGACUCACCUGGGCAGAAGCUUCCCGGGGCUGGUGCCAGACGGUAGAAGCGAGCCCUCGCCUCCUGAGGGAGGUGCCUGUAAAGAUCCACUUCCUCUGGCUGCCUUGCCCAGGAGGGCCCAGCCGCAGACAGGGGCUCCACUGGGAAACUUAUCUCUGGCCAAGCCUCUAGAUUCUCCAAGGUACCCUGUCUCUCCGAGAAUGAUCCCCAAACCCUAUCAUGGUCCCCCAGCAAACUGUCCCCUGACUGUGCCUGCCCACAUCCAGGAAGAUCAGAUUCUCAGCCAGCUACUGGGCCAUGGACCCAGUGGCCACUGGAGGGGCAAUCUUCCACAGGACUCAUCUCCCCAGAGUCACCCCUCCUCAGAGGCGGCCCUGCGACCUUGGGGAGCUGCCAAACUGCGACCACUGGCUUUGAGCCAGCAACAGUGCCCCUGGCUCUUCACGUCCACCUGCUUAGAAAGACUGCCCCUCGUUCCCUCAGUGAAAAUGGAGCAAGGUGGCCUGCAGGCUGUCACGGACGCACUUCCUUUCUCUUCAGCCCAAAUCCAGGAGGGCCUCAACCCUGGUCACUUGAAGAAGGCCAAACUAAUGUUUUUCUUCACACGCUAUCCUAGUUCCAACCUCCUGAAGGCUUAUUUUCCUGAUGUUCAGUUCAACCGCUGCAUUACCUCCCAGAUGAUCAAGUGGUUCAGCAACUUUCGUGAGUUUUAUUAUAUCCAAAUGGAGAAAUUUGCCCGGCAAGCAAUUUCAGAUGGUGUCACAAAUCCCAAAAUGCUGGUGGUUCUCCGCAACUCGGAGCUUUUUCGAGCUCUCAAUGUGCACUAUAACAAGGGAAACGACUUUGAGGUCCCAGAUUGCUUCUUGGAAAUCGCCAGCUUGACAUUACAGGAGUUCUUCAGGGCUGUCUCCGCAGGCAAAGACUCAGAUCCUUCCUGGAAGAAACCCAUUUACAAAAUUAUUUCGAAACUGGACAGUGACAUCCCAGAGAUAUUCAAAUCUUCCAGCUAUCCCCAGGAGCUGUUUCAGAAUUAA